UCUUGUAAGUCAGACCUGCUUAUCUCUAUAAGAAUGACAUGAGGCAGAAAGGCUUGAAAUGAAAAGACAGGCUUUAAAUUGCAGAAGUACCAAAUAAAAAAAAAUGUGGGAAGGACAGGCAGAAAAACAAAGGCGGUAGAGAGAACCAACAGUUUCAAAAGGAGAAAUAAACGAUUGGAUAAAUGCAGUGAGAAGGAGAUCAGGAUGGAGAGAGAGAGAGAGAGAAAAAGAGAGAAUAAAAGCGAAUAAAUGAGGAGGGGGGAGUGGAGGCAGGAUAAAUCUGUACAGCAUCAUGAUUAGGUAUCAGAAGCUUGUUCUGUGGUCUGGAGAGCAGAAGGCAGAUCGCAUCAAACAGAUGAGGUGCACAUCUGCUCUACAAACUGGACAAACAUCAUAUCUGAAUUUUGAAUUGGGUAUUUGUUUUGGAUUGGUUUCAUGAUCCACAGCUCAACUGAAACUUUUUGGAUUUCGUUGGAGAGGCACCUGCGGAUUUAAAGGAUACGGAAGAAAGCAAGCGAAGGAAAUUCAUUGCAACUAAUUGAAAAGCAUCUGUAUGGACUUAUUCCUCAAAAUCAGUCCCCACCAACAAAACCAAAGGUCAGCUCCUGUCUUUCAUGUGAAUCUAUUUUAAUCAGCUGUACUCUCUUCUCAGUAUCAUCAUUCCAUCAUGAUUAUUCCCCAAGGUUGAAGAACUGGGUUGGUUGUGACGGAGCGGGCGGAGUCUUUGGAUGAGCGGUCUGAUUGAGGGUUAGUCCACCCCAGAACUCUCUCACAUAAACAGCAUCUGUUUUUGAGCUCAGAAAGCCAAACUUGAUUCAAAAAAGAAACUUCGCUUGAGGGUUUCAGUUAGCGUACUAUAUUACAAAUAUUGUUAUUUACCACACAGGUAAACAAGAUCCACGUGAGAUUCAGGAUUUAUAGAGUGAGACACAACCUUACGCAUUCACACAGACGCGCAAGGGAGUCACCGCACGCUCUUGAGCGCAGCUCCCCACCUGCUCUCGCACCUUUCCACAGUCAGAGAUCACAACUGCGACUCUCCAGCUGCCUCUCAUCGCUGUCUCGAGCUGCUAACAGCUGCUUCAUCCUCUUUUUUUGGACACUUGUCUCUCUAUUUCUCACUCAGUCCCCAAUAGCUUUUUUCACUGUGUCACUGACACCAUCUUCAGUUUGACCCUCUUUGCCAGGAAGAGAGAGAGAAAUGCCAUCAACACAGCGGGGUCGUCAGCUGCCGCACAAGUAGACUCGCACAAGUGUCGAGAGAAGGUGAGAGAGACGGUGCGAAAGAUAGAAGAGGCCAAAAGGAGGGAAGGAGGGAAGACGGAGACAGGCAGCACGAGCAUGUACAGCUUGGGGUCGGGCUCGAAUGCAUUCAGACGGCACAGGCUGUAGGAGGCUGAAAUGGCCACUCCUCGAGGGUGUUGGGGUCCUUCUCUUCAACUCCUCCUCUUCGUCAAUCUGUUACUCAACGUGAUGCCUCCCUGCCGGGGCCGUCCGUUUUUCGUCCCUCCCUCGGUAAAUGUGGCUGUGGUUUUCAGUGGUUCGGCCCACCACAGCGAGAUCAAGGGCCGUCUGAGUCCAGAAAACUUCUUAGACAUGCCCUUGGAAGUGAACCCCAUCACCGUGCUGGUGAAUGACACAAACCCCAGAGCUCUUCUCACCCGUCUCUGUCAGACUAUGGCUACAGAGAACCUUCACGGUGUGGUCUUUGAAGAUGACGUGGACUCAGAAGCCGUGGCACAGAUCUUAGACUUUAUCUCUUCCCAGACAUCCAUCCCCAUCGUGGGCAUCAGUGGAGGCUCUGCUGUUGUCAUCCCUCAUAAGGCUGAAGGCUCGACUUUUCUACAGAUGGGUGCUUCUGUAGAGCAGCAGAUUAAUGCGAUGUUCAAAGUGAUGGAGGAGUACAACUGGGGUAACUUUGUGGUGAUCACCAGCUUGUAUCCCGGUUAUGAGACCUUCGUGGACUACAUACGGUCCUUCACAGACACCAGCUACUUCUUAUGGGAGCUGCAGGAUGUGUUGAGCUUCGAGAUGUCCGUGGGGUCCAACGACAUCCGUUCACGCAGAUUACUUCAGCAGGUGGAUGCGCAGGUAUUCCUGGUGUACUGCUCGCACGAGGAGGCUCAGUACUUGUUUAGGAUGGCGUCGGAUGUGGGACUUCUGGGGCCUGGAUACAUCUGGGUCAUUCCCAGUCUGGCUGUGGGAAACCCUGAAGUGUCUCCACCUGAGAGUUUCCCAGUGGGGGUGAUCAGUAUUAUCACAGACCGCUGGAAGAAAAAGUUACGUCAGAGGGUUCGAGAAGGUGUGGCGGUUAUUGUAAAAGGGGUACACAGUUUCCACAAGUAUAGAGGAUUUGUUCCAGAGGGUAACAAUGACUGCAACAGUCCUGCCAAAGCUCAUACCAAUGAUUCCCUCUUCAGGCAUAUGCUAAAUGUUUCAUGGGAGCGCAAGGAUCUCUCCUUCAACUCUGAUGGCUAUCUUACCAAUCCUUCCAUGGUGAUCAUCGCUCUGGAUCGAGAGAGACACUGGGACAAGGUAGGCAGCUAUGAAGGUGGGAUUCUGCAGAUGCGUUACCCCGUCUGGCCCCGUUACGGCAGCUUCCUGGAGCCCGUGUCUGACAACCGCCACCUGACAGUGGCCACGCUUGAGGAGAGGCCCUUUGUCAUCGUGGAGAGCGUUGAUCCUGCCACCGGCACUUGUGUGCGUAAUACCGUGCCCUGACGUCGCCAGGCCAACAGGACCGAGAGUAUCACAGGUCACACAGAGCCGUACACCAAACUCUGCUGCAAAGGAUUCUGCAUAGACAUCCUGAAGAAGCUCUCGCGCACCAUCAAAUUUUCAUAUGACCUUUAUCUGGUCACCAACGGGAAGCACGGCAAGAUGGUUCGGGGCGUCUGGAAUGGGAUGAUUGGAGAGGUCUUCUACAAGCGUGCAGAUAUGGCCAUCGGCUCUCUUACAAUCAAUGAGGAGCGGUCCGAGAUUGUUGACUUCUCCGUGCCAUUCGUGGAAACAGGGAUUAGUGUUAUGGUGGCCAGAAGCAACGGAACGGUCUCACCUUCAGCCUUUCUGGAGCCCUACAGUCCUGCCGUAUGGGUUAUGAUGUUUGUAAUGUGCCUGACUGUCGUGGCAGUCACCGUGUUCGUCUUUGAAUACUUCAGUCCGAUUGGCUACAACCGAAGCCUUCUCAGUGCCAAAGCCCCUGGAGGUCCCACCUUCACCAUCGGGAAGUCUGUCUGGCUUCUCUGGGGAAUUGUCUUCAACAACUCUGUACCUAUUGAAAACCCCAAAGGCACGACCAGCAAGAUUAUGGUCCUGGUCUGGGCUUUCUUUGCUGUCAUCUUCCUCGCUAGCUACACGGCCAAUUUAGCCGCCUUCAUGAUCCAAGAGCAGUACAUUGACACUGUGUCUGGGCUUAGUGACAAAAAGUUUCAAAAACCCCAUGAACAUUAUCCUCCUUUCCGCUUUGGGACGGUUCCAAACGGGAGCACUGAGAGGAACAUUCGAAGCAAUUACCCCGACAUGCACACCCACAUGAUAAAAUACAACCAGAAGGGAGUGGAAGAAGCUCUCAAUAGCCUCAAAACAGGGAAGCUGGAUGCCUUCAUAUACGAUGCAGCAGUUCUUAAUUAUAUGGCUGGCAAAGACGAGGGCUGCAAGCUGGUCACCAUUGGCAGCGGAAAGGUCUUCGCUACCACAGGUUAUGGCAUUGCUCUGCAGAAGGACUCCCGCUGGAAGCGCCCCAUAGAUCUGGCUCUCCUCCAGUUCCUGGGAGAUGGGGACACGCAGAGACUGGAGACAGUAUGGCUCUCUGGAAUAUGCCAGAAUGAGAAAAACGAGGUCAUGAGCUCCAAACUGGACAUAGACAACAUGGCAGGUGUUUUCUACAUGUUGCUAGUGGCCAUGGGUCUCAGCCUGCUGGUCUUCGCUUGGGAACAUUUUCUUUACUGGAAACUCAGACACACUGUUCGCAAGUCUGAACACUUAGAUUUUCUGCUGGCUAUUAGCAGGGGCAUAUACAGAUGCUUUAACGGCGUUGAAGACAUCAGCAGAUCCGCGAGCAUACAGAAUCCAGACGUCACCGCCAAUUAUGCUCAGGCCAACAUGUUAAAAAUGCUGCGGACAGCCAAGGACAUCGUCUCCUCAACCAAGGUGGAAAACUCAUUGGAUAACGCCACAAAGACCAUCGAGAACUGGAGCAGACAUGGCGGCAGCCUACCAGCACGUAUCCCACAGGUGACCACCACUGAGAAAGUUCCUGGUCACUUUUCUUACCUUACUAACAUCACCGAGAACCACAUACCUCAUUUACAGCAUUCCAUAACUCCACCUUUCGCUCAACAUGCCAAAACCACAAGCCCACCACCAAUAGUCAACCACAGAGUCCUAACACGGCCCACUCCUCUACGAUACACGCUUCCUGCCAGGACCAGGGGGUUGUACGAUGGUAUGCUUCCUGUUUCCAGUCUGAGCACUCCGCAUCUAGCCAUGCAUGAUCUUCACUCUGAUCCGGCACAUACCAGUUCUUCCUUCGUUCCUUAUAGAGAUCUACAGGUGCCGGACAUCUACACCGAACACCACAGGCAGAAAAAAAGAGCCCAUAAUCUCCUCAUAGAGUCGAUGGACUUGAGGGGUCUUCACGAUUACAAAGACCAAAUAACUCGCGCAGACGUGAAUGAUUUUGAUGAAAACAACCUCUCGUCCUUAUACAGUGAAAAUCCUUUCAUAUCGGGUGACACGGCAUGCAAUUCCUGCAUUAAAACGUACUUCGACCCUGUUCUUGAUGACAUACCGUUGAUAGGGAAACGAAAGCUUCAUCGAAGACCUUCGUUCCUAAAAGCCACUUGGGGUCCUGACAGAGUCUGGUUCCCCGCUGACAGACCCUCGGCCGCACCCUCAUCACGAGGAACCAUCCCAGACCUCUUCCCUUGCGUGGACGUACACGGACGGGUUAGAAAAAACACUUGUUUCGCCCAACCAGUGGAUCACACCUACCCUCACCUGUUCCGACGACAUACAAGGAAAACUCAGAAGCUAAGACACAGCCAGUCAACCAGGCUUCCUUCCUAUAAGGAGGCAGUUUUUCACAAUCCAGCGGUUGUUAGGAGGGCCUCCAGCAUGGUGCAUAGACCCUACUCGUACCCCGAGCUGCCGAUCUUUCAAAGUCCACUGCCGUACGGACCAGCGGAGUUGUGCAACAUCUUCCCCUGCAUGGGACAUCCCGCUGACAAUGUUUCUAGAGGGUACAGGGCGCCCACACAUCUACAAGAUGACCAUUUAGUGCCUGUCCCAGGCAGCAGGGUAGUUCAUAGUAGCCCCAUUGUGCCCAUGUCAUGGGGGAGAAUUUCUAGUUUGGAAUCGGAAGUGUGAACUUAUUCGUCCACGUGCCAAUUAUAAACUUUAGCCCUGUGGUCCGAGCUUUUACAGACUAAUAAACCGAUUUAGGGUUUAAGGCUGAAGUGUGUCAUUUCUGCAACACUAGAGUCACCAAAAGUGAUGCUUUUCAAAAAGGAUUUCUGAGUGCUUCCAAUUGGUCGGAUCAUUACGCCAUAAACUAUGUGGAGCUGGUGUGGACGCUCAAAUAAACAGACUAAUGUCCUGAUAGCACCACCAAGUCGCAGUGUUUACGCUUUUCAGAGGAAUCCACCUACCUACCCCUACUUGCCACAGCCUAGCUGACAUUUAAAAAUGACACACUUCAGCUUCAACACAAGCAGAAAUAUAAACCGUGUUACUAGCGUUGGUGGGUUUUUGAUUACAUUUUUUUUUAUUUAAAGUGCAAUAAUGUAAUCAUUGAAAGAGGAGGGAUUUGAGGGAACCAUGGCAACCUUUGAAUGGACGAACAACUGGACUGUAUAUGUUUGGUUAUUCUUAUCCCCAAAAAUGUGAUACAGUAAUUAUUGGACUGGGUGAAAGAUUUUCUUGUUGUUUUUUAAGAGAUUGUAGUAGACGAGUAACUUAACUAUAUAUCUGUAUCUAUAUAACACGUAAUGUGAUACAUUUUAUUUAUUUACGUAAAUUUGGUAUAACACACAGUAUGUAUUCUCUAUGAUACUGAAUUUUGUAAACAACUUAGACAUAUUGUUCAAUAUUUUUUUAACAGCAGGGCUAUAUUUCUGUCUCUCAUCCGAUGCCUCGAUCUUCCUAUUCUCUCUCUUGGCUGCGAGUGGGCUUUGAAGAAGAGCUGUUUGAAUGGUUCUCUAAUAUUAGCAUCAUCGAGGAUCUUCACACUUUAAUAAAUCACAAAGGCCCAUCAGUUAGUCCUUUGUAACCGCUGUCGUCUUUAGAUGGCUGACAGAGACAACCCUUUGAACACUGCCUUUUAUAUGCAGAACCAUAUUUUAGACAUCGCCGACUGUUUGACACAACCGGAAAUCAUAAUGUUACUUUAAUAAUGUUGAGAAUAUUGUUAAAUGUGAUGCUCGUAGAUCAGGUUUUGGCCUGUGGAAAUGGACGACUACAAUAAGCCUGUUUGACCUGCAUACUGCACCUCACAUACCCACGAGGUAGUCUGUCUGUGCCUCAAAAUAAGCUCGUGAGUGUGAACGAGAGAGAGAGAGAAAGAGAGGAAGGAAUCCACACUUCUAUCAGCUGGGAUUUAAGCUACAAUAUCUGAAUGUUUAUGAGCCUUUUGGCUUUUGAGGUUGUCAUGAGAGUCUCAUUAAACCAACUCUGUGGAGUGAUUAUCCAGAAGGACGCUCUACCAAAAAGUGUCUUUUACUUUAAGAAUUUCAUUAUGUUGGCUGUCUCUACAGCACGGCAUUCUUGUGACGUCCAAGGUGACCCAGGCUGGGGUAAUUAUGCUCUACGGUUUUUGUUAUCUCCGGAUAAAGAGCCCAAUUUUCAAACUUCGAGUGAGAAGCGUUUUAGAAUCCAAACAUCUAGUACUUUUUAUCAUCAUCUUUUCUUUGUUGCAGUUUAUAGCACGUUGAUUUAAUCUUCAAUACUGCCAGCGCUCACCGAUAGAUUUAUGUGCGGUAGGAUAAUCGUCCUUUUUUCAUAACAUUCCUGCCAGUUCUGUGACAGCUAAAGAGAAGCCUGGUGCAGAAUGACAUGCAUUUCAUUUUCAUAAAAACACAGGCACGAGGAGAGGCAGGCUAAAGCCAUCAUCAUCAUUGUGCCAGUCUUAUUCUGCGUGUUCCUGAAAAACAUAUUAUUGAAUGAACUUGCAAGUUGAUAAAUGAUUCAAUACAUGCAUAUAAAAACAUCAAGGCAGGCCGGGGAUCGUCCUCUGGAAGAAAUAAGCAGUAAUAUAUCAACGCCACAGGUAGCUGUGGUGAAAAAUGAAAUGCGUUUAAAAGUCAAGAGGGCCUUGUCUCAUUCAGCAAUGAGAAAGAUGCAAUGGAAUGACGAGGCAGACGUGUUAUCCAAACAUUAAUAAUUCACCCGUUCAGUUAAAUGUGUCUGUUCAUUUUAAAUAUUUGCUUGUGCCCUCCAGAAUAGCAUACGCUCUUACAAAUAAGGUUUUUUUAAUGGUCCUUUGUUGGUUUCUGAGUUAGUUAUAUUGUUUUUUAUGUUGCAGUGUAGUGUCCAGGCAGGAAAGGAAUAGCUCACCCAAAAAUGAUCCCCAUUGACUUGACCAUAGUAAUUUUUAUUCCUACUAUGGAAAGCCAAUGGUGACCAUUUUUUGGGUGAACUAUUCCUUUAGUAUAUAGUGUUGUUUUCUAAAGAGCAAGAAAUAGUUCAAAAUUUAUAAGAGCUUGUAUAGCCUACGCACUUACAGGCACGCUCACAAUACGACUAUUACUCAUACCUACUGUGCCACGCCUUCAUACGGUUGCAUUUCUCUAAAGUGUCAGUUCAGGGGCUGUUAAUUGUCCCAGAUGCUGCUGGUCACCUUGAGCCAAGGGUUUCGCAGCUUAGUGGGAGAGGGGAAAGGUGAUGGAGGAAGACAGCACAGAGAGGCUGGAGAUAUGACAUUCUGAAUAGACUAAUGAAUAGCAGAAUUAACUCAUUGCUCGUAGGCAUCAAUAAACAUCUAAAAUUAUACUAUUUAUGCUUUGUUCGGUCAUGACUCAUGAGCCCAAGAAUAAUGAAUUUGGUUAGAAAAGUGGUUCUCAAACUGUUGGCUGAGGUCCUGAGGUGGUGAAAUGUGACCCUGAAAGCCAGGAUGAAGUUCAAAAGUUAAAACAUUAUGUCACAACAAAAUAGUUAUAGCCUAUCUAAAAAAGGCUAUAUUCACAAUACCAUAGACAAUGAAGAAUUAAUGGUUCUCUAAAGACCCUUCUGAUUCUGAUGAUUAUUCCAUGGUAUCGCUGUGAAGAACAUUUUGCAGCACUUUUUGUGAAAACUAGAUUGUAUGAUAUAUUUCAAGAUGCUGUACUAAUUUAUUUUAUAUAAUACAUCUUAACCAUAUUAAGGAUUUUAUUGACACUUUUUAUUAUUUUGCUUAAACAGGAUUAUACGUUGGCUAUUGAAAACAUUGUUCUCAAGCUUUAACAUGUCCUUAGUCAAUGGAAAAGAUAUUAAGGUGGCAUUUUCAAAGAAUGUCCUCAUUCUACAUGAUGUAGAAUUAUUUUUUUUGUAGAAAACAGUAAAAAGUUACUUUAAUUGGGUUUAGUUGGAUUUUCACAGACAAUCUAGAAUUUAUCAUACAUUUUGUGUAAUCAGACAUCAGGGGAAGUUAGCAAAGCAACCAUAAUAUAUAAUUUAUUAUGUUUUCAGUUAAAUUAAAAUAAGAAAAAAGGAAAAAUGCAAAUGCAAAGUUAUUUAAUAAUUAUGUUUUAUGUCAUUAAUUGUCUUUGGUGAAGACCAAAAAUGGAUGCACCCUACACAGGGGACAUCAUGCUGAAAAAGUUUGAGAACCACUGGGUUAUAACAAGGAAGACGUGUUAAUGUAUUGUAGGUAACUACACAAUCAUAAAAGUGUUUAAAAGAUGUGAAGUUAAAUACAUUGUAUGCACUCAAAUGAGGUCAUUUGAGUUGCUAGCACAAUGUUGAGAAUUGUGUGUACAGUUCUAUGCUGUUCUGUAUGUUUUACAGUAUAUUAAAGAAUAGCAGUGCAGGAAUCCAAAGUAAAGAUCACAUCUAUCACAUCUAUAAAAGAAAUACCUGUAACAAAACAUUGCAAAUUAAAGAGAAUUCAUGAAAAGACUAGUGUUGUUCAUUUUUAGACAAAUGUUUUUUCCUAGUCCGUUUCUGGGAUUUAUCAACAGUUUCAUGCUGUGGAAUGCAGGUUUUAUAAGUGAUCUGAUUACUGGUUUUCCAUCCAUUUUAAGUAGGUCUAGCUUCUAACUAUAAUUUGC